AUGGCCCGCGUCAAGGACAUCCUCCGCCGGACAAGGGAGAAGUAUGGCAGGGAAUAUUUUGAGCGCUGGGUUCUACAACGGCGUGCAUCCAUGGAACCCAAAGAACCCCUUUUAACCGGACGACCCAUUGAGAAUGAUGAGGUAACUAGUUCGAAUGCUGCCGGUCGUCUGGGUUCGCCGCCAGAACCAGAGUCACCAAUCCUCGCAAUGGCCCGCCCGGUCCAGCUUCCAAUAUUUCGCCCUUUGAGGGCUCGAUGUCCCAGGCAGAGCUCCAGUGACAGCCAAGCUACGACGGUGGCCAGCACCGUACGACCAACCACAAGCCAUGCUGAGCAAUUACAGCAGCCCUUGGUUGAGACCUCAGAAGUUGCACCUGAUGAUAUCACGCCUACACCUGGCCCAGAACAUAGCCCUGACUGUAGAUUCUCUAUUGCGACCACAGCGGACGCUAAUUUGGACAGCCAAAGGCGCCCCCUCACCUGCUAUAUCUGUGGCAAGUUUUUUGGAAAAAAGGAGCCGCAUACGAAAGAGGUGUUGGUGUAUCUUCCUUGUGGUCAUGGUGUAGGCCACAACUGCCUCUUUAACUGGAUGACAGCACCCAAUAGCUCACGACGAUGCCCUGCCAUGCCCUGCAUUACGCUUCGUCACCAUUGCGAGCACAUAACCUCACCGGCCACCGAAGAACCAUUGAUAAAGUUUGGCAACAUAGUGGGAGAACGCGAGGCAGCUGUCUUGCCGUGGGAUUAUGGGUUCUGUUCGAGCUCCAAAGGUGCUAAGCUUCACGCGUCUAUUAAAGUGACGGCUACAAAAUUAAGGGUGCUGGAAGCUAAACAAGCCCGAGGGGUAAAGUCUCUCGGAUUAAAUCAGAGGGUCGCAAUGCAGCGGUCUGUUGUCGAAAGGCAUGAAAGGAAACUCGACGAACUGCAGAAAAAAUGGUGGACAGCUCAGUGGAAACGGUUCGAGCAAAGGAAAGAUUCGGGUCCAUGGGCCUGGCAACUCUAA